CAGCCGCCAGACGAGUUGCUCGAACAAUCUGCAUUGUUUCGCUACAUCAUGACGGCUGUUGUAGAUCAUUUCAACGUAUUCAUUGUCUGCGCUAUGGAGUCAGAGCUACAGGCUACAAAAGGAGUCCUAGAAAAUGGAACUGGGAGCAAGUUUGAAAACAAAUACCUAGGUAUGGGAGACCUCAGCACGCUCAACGUGAGAAUGUGCGAGAAAUGAAGGUGGGCAUGGUCGCACAAACACAGAUGGGAGGAAUUGAGUGUCAAAAGCUGCUCUCCAAACUCGCCAAAUACUUCACGGCUAACGUGUUGGCGAUGACGGGCAUUUGUGCUGGAGAUGAGAAUAAAUACGGUCAGGUGGAGCACGGCUGUGUUUUUGUUGCUGAUCGAACGACAGUAGAGAGCGGUGGGAAAGUCACAGAAGGCGGUGCCUACCAACCAAGAGCACAAUACUGCGUACUUGACAAAGGGAUCCUUGCCUCUGUUAAUGAAUUGGUUACUGGUCCCAGUGUCUGGUUAGGGUACAUUCCAGAAAAUGCUAUUCGCCCCAGCCCUCGUUAUCUUCAACAACUUAUCCUAGACAUUGUGUCCAAGAGUGGAGAAGACGGCAUGACCAAGAAGGACCUACUAGGCAAGUUGGCAGACAUGAAAUUGCCUGGAAUGACUACAAUGGACGACUAUAACUCUGCUAUGAUCUAUGGUGGAGUUCUGGAAAGGAUGAUACAACAGAAAUCUCCUUGGGUAUCUCGAACAGUAAAACCUAGCUACAUUGCCACUGAUGAAGGAAAAAAGUAUUCAGCAGAUGAAUAUCCGUUUCCACGUGAAGAUAAGAUCAAAGCUAUCACUGAUUGCAUGGUCUCCAUACCACACGUGAAUUUGAACCUGAAGGCAGAGUUGAAGACUAUAAAAGAACGCGUAGGUGACAGAAAAGUUAAGGCAGUAGACAUGGAGGCUCACAUGUUUAUGGAACAAGUCAUUGAGAUCUUUGCGAGACAGGGAGUACCGGGGAAAGCAAUUGUCAUGAAAGGCAUCGCUGACUAUGGCUCUAAUGAAAGCAGAGGAGACUACUUUCAGGUGUAUGCUGCCAGCACGUCUGCUGCCUUUCUAAGGCAUAUGAUGACAGUCAAACAACAUCUUUUUGUUGAAGAAGAAUCUCAAAUGAUGAAAACUCAAGGCGGACUACCACAACAAGGUCUAUGGUGUAUAUAGUAGUGUAAAACUGUUGAUCACAUGGUUCAUUCACCUUGUGACAUUUCAUGUUCAUGUGGAGUUUCUGAUUGGGGCAUAGCUAGUUCAUUGGUCAGUGCAAGAGUGGUUGGAAUAGUAAAGAAAUUGUUGUAUUGGUAGGAUACAGUGUGUAGUCUGAUGCAAUUUUCUACCAUUAGGAUAUUCUAAAUGAGGUAAAGUACCAAUUAGCACAGGAAACUCUUUGCAAUCUAAGUAUGUUAAUUAGCU